UCUAAAAGAACAAUUUUUUAUUUUAUUUUAAUAUCAGCAUGAUUUGGAUGUUCUCCAUUUUCUCAAAUCGAUAGCUGACAACAAGAAAGAGUGAUAAAAGCUCCAACUCCAUGGCUUCAAACCCCUUCAAUUUCAUAUUCUUCCUCUCUUUCCUCUCACUGGUGGUGGAGCAUCAUGGAAGUGUUGAAUUGAAACAGUAUCCAUUGGUGGUAAGCACAUGGCCGUUUAUUGAAGCUGUUAGAGCUGCAUGGAGAGCUGUUGAUGCUGGUUCUUCUGCUGUUGAUUCGGUUGUUGAAGGUUGCUCUACUUGCGAGGAACUUAGGUGUGAUGGAACAGUUGGUCCGGGUGGGAGUCCAGAUGAGAAUGGAGAAACUACAAUCGAUGCUCUGGUCAUGGACGGGGUAACUAUGGAAGUAGGAGCUGUUGCUGCCAUGCGAUACGUAAAAGAUGGAAUCAAAGCUGCUAGGCUAGUGAUGCAACACACUGAACACACUUUGCUGGUUGGAGAGAAAGCAUCCGAAUUCGCAAUUUCAAUGGGUCUUCCAGGACCAACAAACCUGAGUUCAUCAGAAUCUAUAGAAAAAUGGACCGAAUGGAAAAAAAGUAGCUGCCAACCGAAUUUCAGGAAAAAUGUAUUACCUGUGAAUAACUGUGGUCCUUAUCGUCCAAAUAACUUUCUAGACCUCUCUGACGAAACAUGUUCAUUUAUUGAUCAAAGUCAAAUAGCAAGAUUACCUCAUGUUGGUCUUCAUAGCCACGAUACCAUUUCAAUGGCUGUUAUCGAUAGAACGGGACGCAUUGCUGUUGGCACAUCAACUAACGGGGCAACAUUCAAGAUUCCUGGAAGGGUAGGUGACGGUCCAAUAGCUGGAUCCUCGGCAUACGCUAUUGAUGAAGUUGGCGCAUGUUGUGCAACUGGGGAUGGCGACAUCAUGAUGCGCUUCCUUCCAUGCUAUCAAGUUGUGGAAAGCAUGAGGUUGGGAAUGGAACCCAAACAUGCUGCUAAGGAUGCAAUAUCGCGAAUAACCAAAAAAUUUCCAAACUUCGUGGGAGCCGUCGUUGCCGUUAAUAAAACUGGGGAACAUGCCGGGGCCUGCCAUGGUUGGACAUUUAGAUAUUCAGUAAGGAGUCCUGCAAUGAAAGACGUAGAAGUCUUUACCGUGCUACCUUGAAAGAUAGCCUGUUCAAGAAAUUGGUACCCUUCAACAUUUAAAUUUAAGUCAUUAUUAUACUAAUUGUGUUGGUCGAUGAUAUUUGAUGGCAUACAAAUGUGCUUAAAAUGUAACAAACAUCAUUUCUGAUAUUAAUUGAGCAUUUAACAUAGAUAUUGCAAGAUUAA